AUGUCGGUCCGCCGUGCCCUGGCGCUCGCCGCCUGCGGGCUGGCGGGCGGCUCCGUCCUGCUCUCCGCCGUCGUCGUGGGCAAGCAGCCGGCCCGCGGUGGUGGCGAUAGCGAGCCGCGCCCGGGGGGCUCUGCCGUGCCCUCCGCCGCGCCGCCCGGCUUGCUGCUGCUACCGCCCACCGCCUCCUGCCCGCCGACAGCCGGCUGGAUCGAGAGACCCGCCAGCACCGGCAGCUACUGGGACAGCAACUGGGACAGACGUGAACCACUGGCUCUUAUCAACCUCAAAAAGAAGAAUGAAGAAACAGGGGAAGAAGAACUUGCCUCUCGCUUAGAUCACUGCAAAGCAAAAGCCACCAGGCACAUAUUCCUUAUCCGUCAUUCCCAGUAUAAUUUGGAUGGCCGGGCUGAUAAAGACAGAACUCUGACCCCACUGGGUCGAGAGCAGGCUGAACUGACAGGACACAGGCUGGCAAGCUUGGGAAUAAAAUUUGAUCAGAUUAUCCACUCCUCCAUGACGAGAGCAACUGAAACAACUGAAAUUAUAAGCAAACAUCUCCCAGGAGUUAAAAAAAUCAGUACUGAUCUGCUGAGAGAGGGAGCACCUAUAGAACCGGACCCUCCAGUCUCCCACUGGAAGCCAGAAGCUGUGCAGUAUUACGAAGAUGGAGCUCGGAUUGAGGCUGCUUUUCGGAACUUCAUUCAUAGAGCUGAUGCCAAGCAGGAGGAGGACAGCUACGAGAUCUUCGUGUGCCACGCCAACGUCAUCCGCUACAUCGUGUGCAGAGCACUGCAGUUCCCCCCAGAAGGUUGGCUGCGCCUGUCUCUCAACAACGGCAGCAUCACUCACUUGGUGAUACGUCCCAACGGCAGAGUGGCCCUUCGAACACUGGGUGACACAGGUUUCAUGCCUCCAGACAAAAUCACACGCACCUGAGUGAGCACAGUGGAUGGAUGGCUGUCCAGGAGCUGCCUCUAGUCUCUUUGCACUAGCACAUUCUGCUACAGUACCACUAGAUUUUUAUUACAUUGGGGUGUGAUGCUGUCUUAAAAUGUCCUUUAGCCCCAUUCCUCCUUCAUAUUCAUAUCUGCCUUUCACUCCAGAAGAGAAGAAACCAUUGUAAGCCUGAACAUGUCCCAUCUUUAACUAUUCCCCAAAACUCAAAGCUGAGCUGUGGAUUACAGGUUGAAUGUCUGCUCAGCAGUUGCAAGAGCACUGACUUUUCCCCCACCCCGCUGUGAAUUUCUCUAACCAAAGCUUGCUCCUGUGGGUAUUUUUCUUGUGCAGGAAAGCGAUUGGUGUGGGAACAGCCUUGUAUCACGCUGCAGCUAAAACAAAAGGAGAGCCAGCUUGUUCCAGCUCCUGCAGAAGUGACAAACAGGGUAUUCUGCUGUCUUAAGGGCAAAGGGAUAAAGCUUCAGUUUUUGUAAGCUGUUGAGUGUGUAUGUUGAUAUUGUGUCAUUGUUCCGCUCUGCCCCCAAAAAGCCCAUGUAAACUGUGCCUGGAGGUUACGAGCAUAAAGGAAAGAGGGUAAAAAAAAUUUGCCUCAGAGCUCUGGUGCUAGAACUAACUGCUGCUUAUAUUAAGUGUUCCACCAUCCUCAGGAUGUCCUUUAAGAAGUUAAGAAUAUUUUUCAGUCUUGUAAAGCCUUUAACCAAAACACGGUCUGGAGAAGGCUGUAGGGAUGAGACUGUAGCAGUAAGAUGGGAGGAAAGGAAAGCAGCAAUCUUCUUAAAGUGCUUUCAGUUUAUGUCAUAUUUUUGAGUGCUCUUUCCCAUUGUUUUAUAGUUGUUGAUACCUUACUUUCAGAGUAGAGCAAUACCACCACUGAGUUCAGGGUAGUGAUGCUGCAGAUCAGAGGUCCUGCAGCACUGGAGCAAACUGUGGUUGCCAGAAUGGUGAGCAGGUGGCCAUGGGACAGCUUGUCUAGGGCAGGUGUAUAGGACAGGCAUUGGGCAGAAUGUUCCCGUGCCUCCUUCAUACAGCUCUGACACUGCUGGGCUUGUGGGAGGGGAGGGCUCAGAAGCAUUCUGAAGCUUGCUGGGCACCUGAAUUGAUGUAGAAACUUGGUUCAGUUAAUAAGGUGGAGGCUUGGGAAAUUUCACCACAUACAUUGUCUGCCUUGGGGAGAGAGUACAGACUGUAGGACAGCAAGCAGAAGUCGGACAGCAGCCACGAGUAACUUGUUUGACAGAUUCUCUGAUCAAUAAGGAUGUUGAUGAGAUGCUGAACUUCUGUCAGAGCUGCAUGAAGCAUAAUCAGGGCACACAACCGAUGGAGAAGAGGAUUUAAAGGCUUGAUAAUGAACUGCUGCUACAUUAGGAUACCUUCAAGGAACAGGGACUGGUAGGGAACAAACUGAUUGUUGUGUAGUGUAAGGUGUGGAGGGCAAGAGGAAACCAUUAUGACGUAUCUCUCAUUGAUGCAAUGAGAAUAAUUUAUCAGUUUUUGUCUAUUAACUUUUUAAAAGUUUUGAAUAAAAUACUUGGUCUGUCUUUC